UUACGAACAGAUUUCAUGGCAUCUUAUAUUGCAGACGAUGUUGAAAACCAACAUAAGAAGAGUGAGGACGAACAAGUUGAAGUUAAACACCUUGGUGCUGAUAAUCAUCAACAGAUUGUUGACAUGAUGUUUAAAGUUCCUGAGGUCGAUAACGAAAGGAUAUUGAGGAAGCUAAGAGACAGAUUUAAUAGGGUUGGCAUGACUCUUCCAACCGUUGAAGUUCAUUUCGACAACUUAACAGUGAAAACUACAUGCUAUGUUGGUAAUAGAGCUAUACCAACUUUAACAAACACAGCCCGCAACCUUGCUGAUAUGGCGUUCGGUUUAUUUGGUAUUGGACUAUCCAAGACAAGAAAAAUCACAGUUCUUGAUCAUGUUUCUGGGAUCAUCAAGCCUUCUAGAAUGACCCUUCUAUUAGGGCCACCCUCCUCUGGAAAGACGACGCUUUUAAAGGCUUUGGCUGGACGGUCAGACCCUGGCUUAACAGUUGAAGGAGAAGUUACAUACAACGGCUAUAAACUUGAAGAAUUUGUUCCACAGAGAACAUCUUCAUACGUCAGUCAAACUGAUGUUCAUGUAGCAGAAAUGACAGUCAAAGAAACUCUUGAUUUUUCAGCUAGGUGUCAGGGAGCUGGAUCUAGAUAUGAAUUGCAAACGGAGCUUGAGAAAAAAGAGAAAGAUGCCGGGAUAUCUCCAGAUGCAGAAGUUGACCUCUUCAUGAAGGCUACUGCAAUGGAAGGAUAUGAGAACAACCUAAUUACCGAGUACAUUAUCAAGAUACUGGGACUUGAGGUGUGCCGAGACACAGUUACAGGAAACCAAAUGAUAAGAGGAAUAUCUGGAGGACAGAAAAAGCGCCUUACAACAGGAGAAAUGCUAGUUGGGCCGACAAAGGUGGUAUUUAUGGAUGAGAUAUCAUCAGGCUUGGACACCUCAACAACAUUUCAGAUAGUCAAGUGUUUGCAGCAGAUAGCACAUUUGACGGAUGCCACCAUCUUCAUGUCCCUCCUUCAGCCUUCUCCCGAGGUUUUUAACUUGUUUGAUGACAUAAUCCUCAUAUCACAAGGACACAUCAUAUAUCAAGGCCCACGAGACCAUAUUGUUGACUUCUUUGAGAGUUUGGGAUUCACAUGUCCAGAGAGAAAAGGAAUUGCUGACUUCUUGCAAGAGGUGAUCUCCAAGAAGGAUCAAGAACAAUAUUGGGCGGUUAAAAGCAAGCCGUAUACCUAUGUUUCAGUGUCACAAUUCACAGAGCAUUUCAAACAUUUUCAUGUUGGUCAACAUCUACAAAAUGAGCUAAAUGUACCAUACAACAAAACUGAAAAAUCAGCUCUUGUCUUCAAGAAAUAUUUAGUCCCUAAAAAGGAACUAUUUAUGGCCUCCUUUGAUAAAGAAUUAUUAUUGAUCAAAAGAACUGCUGUAGUCUACAUAGCGAAGACUCUUCAAAUCAGUUUUGUGGCAAUAAUUGGAGCAACAAUGUUCUUGAGGACUAGAAUGCAUUCCCGAAAUGAAGAAGAUGGCGCUCUUUAUGUUGGAGCUCUUUUGUUUGCUCUAAUUACAAAUAUGUUCAAUGGGUUUCCUGAACUCCCAAUGACCAUUGAGAGGCUUCCUGUAUUGUACAAGCAUAGGGACCUCCUUCUUCAUCCAACCUGGGCAUUCACUGUUCCAACUAUCCUCCUACGUGUGCCGAUCUCUUUGGUAGAGUCUACCGUUUGGACAGUCUUGACCUAUUACGUUAUUGGAUUUGCCCCGGAAAUUAGCAGGUUUUUCAAGCACUUGCUGUUAACCUUUCUGAUUCAGCAAAUGGCAUCCGGAAUAUUCAGGCUCAUCGCUGCAGUUUGCAGAACAAUGACCAUAGCCAACACAGCUGGAACUCUCAUUUUAGAAUCAACUUUCCUUUUGGGUGGUAUUAUUCUUCCUAAAGCUCGGAUUCCAGACUGGUGGCAGUGGGCCUAUUGGGUUUCACCAUUAAGCUAUGGUUUCAAUGCCUUAACUACAAAUGAACUGUUUGCUCCAAGAUGGAUGAACAAAAUGAGCUCAGACAACACUACCAGAUUGGGUGUAGCGAUAUUAGACAACUUUGGAGUAACCCCAGAUAGAAACUGGUUUUGGAUUGGAGCAGCCGCUCUUCUCGGUUUAGCAUUCCUUUUUAACAUUCUCUUUACUUUCGCUCUUGCAUACUUAGAUGCUCCAGGAAAACCACAGGCAACUAUACCUGACAACGAAGCAAAGUUGACAGAAGUUGAUCAAAGUUUUAACACAAAAACCUCAAACAAGAUGGUUAUCCAGAAAAACCAAGAUACAAAUGCAGACUCUAGUCUUGAGGCUGCAGAUGCUGCUGCUCACAAAAGAGGGAUGGUUCUUCCAUUUACUCCGUUAUCCAUGUCAUUUGAUAACGUAAAUUAUUACGUGGAUAUGCCCCCUGCAAUGAAAGAACAGGGUGUUACAGAUGAGAAGCUCCAGUUACUUAGGGAGGUAAGUGGCACAUUUAGGCCCGGAGUCCUGACAGCACUGAUGGGGAUAAGUGGAGCCGGAAAAACAACUCUGAUGGAUGUCUUAUCAGGAAGAAAGACUGGUGGUUGCAUAGAAGGCGACAUCAGAAUCUCUGGAUUCCCGAAAGUACAAGAAACUUUUACUAGGAUUUCAGGAUACUGUGAACAAAACGACAUUCACUCACCGCAAGUCACCGUCUAUGAAUCUCUGGUUUUCUCAGCUUUUUUAAGACUACCUAAAGAUAUCAGUAAAGAAGAGAAGAUGCUUUUCGUGGAGGAGGUUAUGGAAUUGGUUGAACUAGAGAAUCUUAAGGACAUGAUUGUAGGGAUUCCAGGGGUUACAGGUUUAUCAACACAGCAGAGAAAGAGACUAACAAUAGCGGUAGAGCUCGUCGCUAACCCAUCAAUCAUAUUUAUGGAUGAACCUACAACUGGGCUUGAUGCAAGAGCAGCAGCAAUUGUUAUGAGAACAGUAAGAAACACAGUGGACACCGGGAGAACGGUUGUAUGCACCAUCCAUCAACCUGGCAUUGAUAUCUUUGAAUCAUUUGACGAGCUACUUCUGCUGAAAGCAGGAGGAGAAGUGAUUUACUCGGGACAAUUAGGAUUGAAGUCAGAGAAACUUGUCGACUAUCUUGAGGGAAUUCCUGGGGUUCCAAAAAUAGCAGAAGGGCAAAAUCCGGCGACAUGGAUGCUUGAAGUCACCUCAGUUGCAGCAGAAUCGAAUCUUGGGAUUGAUUUAGCACAGCACUACAAGUCAUCAAGCAUUUAUCAAAUAAAUAGUAGCCUUGUCGAAGAAUUAAGCAUACCUCCUUCAGGAACAAAAGAACUUUUCUUUGGAACACAGUAUUCCCAGUCAAUGUGGGGACAAUUCAAGUCUUGUAUGCAGAAACAAUGGUUAAGUUAUUGGAGAACUCCAGAUUAUAAUCUUGUUAGAUUCUCCUUCACCCUUGUCACCGCACUAUUAGUAGGGACAAUUUUUUGGAAAGUUGGUACUAAAAGGGAUAGUAGUACUGACCUGACAAUGAUUUUUGGGGGUCUGUAUGGUGCUGUAUUGUUUGCUGGAAUCAACAAUGGCAGCACAAUAGUGCCAAUAGUAGCCUUUGAAAGAACAGUAUUCUAUCGUGAAAGAGCUGCUGGGAUGUACUCAGCCUUACCAUAUGCAAUGGCACAGGUAAUUGUGGAAAUACCCUAUGUAUUUCUACAAACAACAUACUACACGCUUAUUGUAUAUGCCAUGGUGAGCUUCCAAUGGACAGCGACUAAAUAUUUGUGGUUUUUCUUCAUACACUUCUUGACGUUCCUCUACUUCACAUACAACGGACUAAUGGCUGUUUCACUCACACCUAACGACCAACUCGCAUCUAUCCUCACAUCCGCUUUCUACUCCCUCUUUAAUCUUUUCUCGGGGUUCUUCAUCCCAAGACCGAAAAUCCCCAAGUGGUGGGUAUGGUGUUACUGGAUGUGCCCACUAGCAUGGACAUUUCAAGGAUUGAUUGCUUCACAGUAUGGUGAUGUGAAAGACACUAUUAAAGUGCCCGGUAUGUCGUAUGAGCCGACAAUCAAAUGGUAUGUUGAAAGCCACUUUGGAUAUGAAGAGCAAUACUUGGGACUAGUGGCAGUAGUUUUAGUUAGUUUUGCAGUGUUCUUUGCAGUCAUGUAUGCGUACUGCUUGAACAAACUGAACUUCCAGACAAGAUAGACAGCAAAUCAUGUAACUGCCAGUUUAAGUUAAUUUGCACAUAAGUGUGAAUGCGUGAUUCAUCUGUAUGCAAU